GCCGGGCCCCCUCCCCACCCCCAGCCCCAUCUGUUUUCCUCGGCGCUGAGUGGAUUAUAUUGUAUGGGAUUGGGGGCGGCCGCACGGCCGCGGCGGGACGGGGCGAGCGCGCGGCCCCCGCCGGCUGCCGGAGCAGCGGCCGCUUCAGCGACUCGGCCCGCCGCCCCCCGCCCGCGGGCGCGCCGCAGCUCGAGCUCACGCCGAGCGGCGGGAGCCGCGGCGCGCUGAGAGAGAGAGAGGCGCUGCCCGCGGCCGGAGUCGGAGCGAGCGAGCGAGCCAGGGAGCGAGCGAGCCGGCGAGCGGGCGGGCGGGCGAACGCGGCGGGGAGAUGUGCCCGGAGGAAGGCGGCGCGGCCGGGCUGGGCGAGCUCCGCUCCUGGUGGGAAGUCCCGGCCAUCGCGCACUUCUGCUCGCUCUUUCGCACGGCGUUCCGCCUGCCGGACUUCGAGAUAGAGGAGUUAGAGGCAGCUCUUCACAGAGAUGAUGUGGAGUUUAUCAGUGAUCUGAUUGCCUGCCUGCUUCAAGGCUGCUAUCAACGAAGAGACAUCACGCCUCAGACAUUCCACAGCUACCUGGAAGAUAUCAUUAACUACCGUUGGGAGCUUGAAGAGGGGAAACCCAAUCCUCUGAGAGAAGCCAGUUUCCAAGACCUUCCUCUGCGCACUCGAGUGGAGAUCCUGCAUCGCCUCUGUGAUUACCGGCUCGAUGCAGAUGAUGUCUUUGAUCUUCUCAAGGGUCUCGAUGCAGACAGUCUCCGAGUUGAACCUCUGGGUGAAGAUAAUUCAGGUGCACUCUACUGGUACUUCUAUGGGACACGAAUGUACAAAGAAGACCCAGUGCAAGGAAGGUCCAAUGGAGAACUCUCCUUGAGCAGGGAAAGUGAAAGGCAAAAAAAUGUCUCAAAUGUUCCUGGAAAAACAGGCAAAAGAAGAGGAAGGCCUCCAAAACGGAAAAAACUACAGGAGGAGAUUCUAUCCAGUGAAAAGCAGGAAGAAAACUCCUUGACAUCUGACCUACAGACAAGAAAUGGAUCCCGAGGGCCAGGCCAAGGUACUUGGUGGCUCCUGUGUCAAACAGAAGAAGAAUGGAGACAGGUAACAGAGAGCUUCCGAGAGAGGACCUCACUCCGAGAACGGCAACUCUACAAGCUCCUCAGCGAGGACUUCCUGCCUGAGAUCUGCAACAUGAUUGCCCAGAAGGGAAAACGUCCACAGCGCACAAAGCCAGAGUUGCAACAUAGGUUUAUGUCUGACCACCUGUCCGUCAAAUCCAUCAAGCUAGAGGAAACUCCCAUGCUCACCAAGAUAGAAAAACAGAAGCGCAGGGAAGAGGAAGAAGAAAGACAGAUCCUUCUUGCAGUGCAGAAGAAGGAGCAAGAGCAGAUGUUAAAGGAGGAGAAAAAGCGGGAACUAGAGGAAAAGGUCAAGGCAGUGGAAGAUCGAGCUAAAAGGAGAAAGCUCAGGGAAGAACGAGCAUGGCUGUUGGCUCAAGGCAAGGAGCUACCCCCAGAACUUUCCCAUUUGGACCUGAAUUCUCCUUUGAGGGAAGGAAAGAAGACCAAGGACCUCUUUGAACUGGAUGAUGAUUUCACAGCCAUGUAUAAAGUUCUAGAUGUGGUGAAGGCUCACAAGGAUUCCUGGCCCUUCUUGGAACCUGUGGAUGAAUCUUAUGCCCCCAACUAUUACCAGAUUAUUAAGAUCCCCAUGGAUAUUUCAAGCAUGGAGAAGAAGUUAAAUGGAGGUUUAUAUUGUACCAAGGAAGAAUUUGUAAAUGACAUGAAGACCAUGUUCAGAAAUUGCCGAAAAUACAAUGGGGACAGUAGUGAGUAUACCAAGAUGUCUGACAAUUUAGAGCGGUGUUUCCAUCGGGCCAUGACAAAACAUUUUCCUGGUGAAGAUGGAGACACAGAUGAAGAAUUUUGGAUCAAAGAGGAUGAAAAACGGGAAAAAAGAAGGAGUCGGGCUGGUCGAAGUAGUGGAAGCCAUGUUUGGACACGCUCCAGAGACACAGAAGGGUCCAGCAGGAAACAGCCACCAGUGGAGAAUGGAGGAAAAUCAUUGCCUCCCACACGCCGAGCUGCCUUCUCAGGGGAUGAUCAGAGUAGCAGUUCCAUACAACUCCCUCCAGAGGUCGGCACAUCAAAUGGCCAAGGCUUUUCUCGCCCCCUGCAUUGUGGUAGGGUGCCUAGCCAGGCACCCCCUUUAAACCAGAUGAGGCCAGCAGCACCAGGAACAUUUGGCUCGCCUCAAGGAUCAGAUCCAACCAACUUACAUGGCUCCUCUCGAAUCCCAGAGGUGCCCCCAGCAGAGCCCUUGCAACACCCACCCUUUGCUAUACAGGCUCCAGUUGGAAUUAGUAACCAUCGGGGAUCCCUGCUUAGUGCUCCAGAAGACAAGAGAUGUGGGGGGCUAACACACCUUUCCAAUAUGGGGCCACAUGUCCCACCCUUACAGCUUGGGCAGAUGAAUUGUCCCAGUCAAGAUGGAAACAUGUAUCCACCAGCUCCAUUCCAGGCAGGAUUUAUUCCUUCUAGGCAUGGUGGGACUCCAGCCCGACCCCCAGACUUUCCUGAAAGCUCUGAAAUUCCUCCUGGUCACAUUUAUCAUUCGUACAAGUAUCUGAAUCGAGUACACCCUGCUGUUUGGAAUGGGAACCAUGGUACUACAAACCCUGGACGUUUGGGGCCAGAUGAGAAGCCUCACCUGGGGCCAGGACCCUCUCACCACCCUCAUGCCCUUGGUCAUGUGAUGGAUGGCCGAGUGAUGAGACAACCUAUCCCACCAAACCAGUGGACUAAACAGUCAAGCUUUCUACCUCAUGGAGUUCCUUCCUCGGGGUAUAUGCAGCCACCCUGUAAGUCUGCUGGACAUCGUUUGCAGCCACCUCCAACUCCAGCACCAAGUCCUCGGUUCAGAGGACCCUCCCAGGCCCUUCGGGAGGCACAAGGAGGGGAAUCCAUGAUGGACAGCCCUGAAAUGAUUGCCAUGCAGCAGCUCUCCUCCCGAGUCUGUCCCCCGGGUGUGCCUUACCACCCCCGCCAGCCCACUCCUCCCCAGUUACCUGGUCCCUUUCCACAAGUAGCUCAUUCAGCAUCGGUAUGUGUCUCAGCACCCAAGCCUGCAUUGGACAACCCUGGGAGUACACAGGAGAUCAGUGAAACACAAGAACCUCAGGAUGACCCAGCAGAGCCUUUGCCUGGACUUGAAGAGAAAGCAGCAGGCAUCUCUUCUUCAGAGGGGGCAUACCUCAAACAGCUACCUCACCCAGCACCUCCCUUGCCAGCCAGUUGUGCCAGGCAGAGCUCACCACAAGAAAGGGAAACAGAGGACUCCCAACUCAAAAGGGAUGCUUCAGAUUCUGCAGACACUUAUAAAGCAUCAAAGAACACGAACACCUGGCCUUUGGACAAUAGCUACAGCAGCCCAGCUGUGCAAGGCUGUUUGAGAGACCUCUCCAUAGUGGCAGAGACAGGGAAUCUACCUGAAAAUGGGGUUGUUGGUGAAGCAUCUCCCUGUAGAUCAGAGGGGAAGAGCCUUGAUAGUAGUGGUUCAGAAAAGCCACUCUGCCCCAGGGGUAAAACAUUGCAAGAAGCCGCGCCACGUACAGGACAGAAUGCAACUACACCUUCUUGCACAGAUCCCAGUUUGAUGGCAGGCACUGUGAACCAGUUUUCUCCCUUGUACAUGCCUGGCAUAGAAUACUCUAACUCAGCUACACAGUACCCUAUGAGUCCAGGUUUGCAAGGCUUGGGCUCUAUGAUGGGAGGAAAGUCCCCAGGAUCACAGCCUCAGUCCUUCUCUCCCAGGGGUUUCCAGGCUAACGGUCCUCACCCUGGACUCUUUCCCCGAUACCGCCCCCAGCAGGGAAUGAGAUAUUCCUACCAGCCUUCUUCUCAGCCUUCCUACCACCCUUAUCAGCGGACUCCUUAUUAUACAUGUCCACAGGGCUUUUCUGAUUGGCAGAGAUCUGUCCCUACCCAGAGAAGCCCAAGUGGACCCCCAGGGAGUCAACCUCCACGCUCCCUCUUCCCGGAUAAGAAUGCUUUGGCUGGUCUGCAAGGUUGUGAGACACUGAAUGCUGCCUUAACUUCGCCAACUCAGAUGGAUGCAGUGGCUGCUAAAGUUGUCCCACCUGAUGGACACAAUUCUGGUCCAGAAGAAGAAAAGAUGGAUGAAUCUGUGGAGAGGCCAGAGAGUCCCAAAGAAUUUCUAGAUCUGGAUAACCAUAAUGCAGCUACCAAGCGGCAGAGCUCACUGUCAACCAGUGACUAUCUUUAUGGAACUCCACCACCAUCUCUGAGUUCAGGAAUGACUUUUGGUUCCUCUGCUUUUCCACCCCACAGUGUGAUGCUGCAGACAGGGUCUCCAUACACUCCUCAGCGAUCAGCUAGUCAUUUUCAGCCUAGGGCAUACCCAUCCCCCGUCCCUGCCCACCCACCUCCCCAUCCAGUGGCCACCCAGCCCAAUGGCCUCUCUCCAGAGGGUCCCCUCUACUGCUGUCAGGAAGAGGGCCUAGGUCACUUCCAGGCUGCGAUGAUGGAACAGACUGGCACUGGAAGCGGAUUGAGAGGCUCAUUUCAAGAAGUGCACAGACCACCAGGAUUGCAAAUGCAUCCCAUCCAGUCACAGUCCUUAUUCCCAAAGACCCCGGCACCUGCAGCAUCACCAGAACAGUUGCCACCACAUAAGACCCCAACACUUCCUCUGGAUCAGAGCUAGUCCAGGGAGAAACAAAACCCCAAGGAAAUGGAUGACUGUAUGUGAAGACCCGAAGACAGGCCUGGAGGAUUUGAAGGAAUGACUGUUUGUACAUCUCUGUCCUGUCAUCCUGCUCUGCCUCUUCACUGUGAAUCCAGCCAUCCUCAGAGCUGAACUGCAUAGGCCUUAGGUGCACGCUCUUUAGAUGACUGACAGGCCUGUAGCUGGGAUCAUCUGCACAGCUGACAAACUUAACAAGAGCAAGUGUACCUGGAGUUCUUGCUGGCUUCUCCAAAUCCCAAGACUUUUGUUCAGGGAAAAUCACUUUAAACUUGGGUGGAGGGUACAUGUAAGGCUGGAGUGGUGCUUUUAAACUUUCAUGAGCAGCUAAUCUCAGGUAUAUAUUGGGAAGGGACUACUUGUAGUAUUAAUGUUUUUGGAGCUGGGUCCAGUUUACAGAAGUUUCAUGUUGCCUUUUUUUAAUUAUAUUUUUAUUUUUUGUGGUGAAUGUAUUGUAUAUAGAGUGGGACAGUCAGGUGGGCACAUGAAAGAGUUGGGAAUCCUUCCCAGCUAUGGCCAGCACACUGUACUGGAGUAGUCUCUGUCUUUAUACAGAGCUUGGAAAAGAGACCCAGAAGAUUGCAGCCUAUAUGUCAUUUAACUUGCUUUCCUGGUAGCCUCCUUUCCAACCAGCCUCAGAGACAACUUGUCCUCCUCAGCAUUCAUUUCUCAGUUGGUUGGACGGUGCUGUCAUGUGACUUACUGGGUGUUGCAGCCAGAGGGCAGGCUGCUCUCUAUCUGGUGGCCUAAGUUCUGGACUUGGAAAAGCAUGUCCCUUCCUGCUUGUUCCACCAGCUCUACCAGAUAGUUGUAAGCCAGGAACUUGGGCUCUCUAGAGUGUUUUACUCAUUAGAAGAUAAAGUGGCUUCGUCAUGGGCCUGUCAGGCCUGUGGUCUAGAAGGCAUCAUACAACGCUUUCUAGCACAAAUCACAUUUUGUGAAAGUGACUACUCAGGUUUGUUAUGUAUGUUAGUCUCAAUAAAGAAAUUGCACAGGUUCGAAUAAGGAAAGUAUAUCCUAUAGAUUUAAAUUUAAAAUUAGGCCUAUUUCAGUAUGUGUAGUUUUUAUCCAGUUUAAGUGAAUCAUAGUAGACUCAGUUGAUUUAAAGUAGCUGCUGUCAAGGGCUAGUUCUUGGGAAUUAUUUGUUGUGUCUGUGAUAGGAAACAAUUUUACAGUAUUAAAUUACGUUACUAUGGAUUUAGAAGUGAAUUACACUGGAUUCUCCCUGUUUAGCCUUCUGUAUUUUAUUUUAGCUGAGAUGUCACCAAAGUUAGGAUCUAUGUUUAAAUUUUUGAAUAUUCCACACAGAAUAAACCAAGGGAAAUGCCCUGGAGUUUCAAGUCUUUGUAAAAAAAAACAAAACAAAACAAAAAACAUGCUGUGGGAUAAUAGAGAUCUCCAUAAAAUACUAAUCUGCCCUUAUAUCUUAGAGUAUAGGUGUGGGGAAGGGUCAAUGGAAAUUUCUCUCCAGUUCCAGUGUCCUCAGGAAAUGCAGACUAGUCUGCCUGAUGCGCGAGGAUUGCAGGGAAAACAAUUGGACACAUCUGGGCUGUAGAGAUAAUUGGACCCUAGGACACCUGCUGUCUUGAUAGAAGUGGCUGUUUGCCAACCUGCUGGCAUUGCUGGGGACCCAGAGCGUGUCUCCCAGGCAUGGCUCACACAGACAGGGAGUUUUCUUUCCUGAAUCAGAAGCCAGACAUCUCUGCAAUUGAGUUUAGAAGACCAGUGAAGUCAGAACUGAAUCAACUGCUGCAGUUUUUGUGUCCCCCACUAAUAAUGGGGGCUGUAAAUCUCACCAGGACUGCUGCAACCAUCAGGCCCGUCUCUGUCAAGGUACUAAAACCAGAGGCUGCUAAGCUGCUCACCUUCCAUCUCGCCCCUUUACCUGAUCCUAAAGAAAUGCUUUGAACAACACUGGGUAGAGAGGAAUUUGUGAGUUCCUUCAUCCCUUCCUGGUUUAUGGAAGAAAUUAAAUAAGAAAUUGAACUACUGAAUUAAGUUCUAAUAACACUGUAAGAAGAGCCUGUUGUGUCCCGUGUGUAAAUUUGGUGGUUCCUAGUACUUAGAGGACUUCGUACUUCCUCUCCUAGUCUGGUCCUAACUUUUACUGAUCUUUGAAGUGCUAGGUUUCCUAGAGCAGCCAGAACACAGUGCUGAGCCUCUGUGAUCACAGCCCUCGCCCACUCAGAUGCAGACAAGAUCAUUGGUUUUUCCCUUUCUGCUUCCAGCACUUCUCUUCCAGGUAUCUUACACAGAUGCAAUAUUUUAAAAGCAGGUGCAAAUAAUUGUGUUUGCAGUCUUCUUCAGUAGGGAAAUGGUUAUGGAAGAUGGACUACUUAGAAAUAGUAUAUAGGGAGGGGUGUCUUAAAAGACUCACUUUUAGGCUAGGACCUACAUCCAUUGGUCACUGUGGCCUUGCUAGUGUGCUGACUCUCUGACCCCAGGAAGACAUGGAUGUGCAUGAUUGGAAGCACAAUUAUGAUUUAGUGUUAGACUUAGCUUUAUCAGAUUUAGUCAUAACUUAGAACCCGUAGGGCUUAAAAGAUUCAGAAAGCCAAGGGGAGCCUUUUAGAAGGCUUAUGAGUGUGUGUCUUUGUCUCCUAGCCCCACUGUGAAAUAUUUUUCUUUAAAAGGGAAAAAAAAAUUAGCAAGAGCUGUUAGUUGAAAUCCUCUCCUUAGAAGAAUGUGAAUAGGAUAGACUAUGCAGGGCUCUUGUUCAUGUGACUUUUCAUCCUAUCUCUUAAAAAUAAAUGUACAGCCACUCUGCUUUCUGAGCCAGAUUGGUUUUGGGUCACCUGAUAGGGCACCUAUCUGAGCCUGUGAACUGCUCUUCAGUUCACACUGAGCCUAGGCCCUAGGCCAGCUGCUCACAAACGGUAAACUUCACACUAGUCCAUAUAUUAAACUAUAUGGAAAACUUUAAAGACCUAUAGUCUCCUCCCUCUCCUUCCCUCAGCUCAAUUAAAUUUCAACUCUAAAUGUCAAUUACUCUAGCCUGUCUGUUGACUGGCCAUUUGAUGUUAUUGUCUAAUGGCAUUUGUUUGCUGUAUGGUUGUUCUCUAUGUUAACUUCUACUGGCAUUAAAAGGUGUGCAUGUUGAAUAUAGUCUUAAACACACAAAUGUCCCAAUGUAGUUCUCACCAGGUUUGCCACCAACAUUGACUUCAAGUCAUACCACUUGGUCAGACUUAUUUUAAUGAGUGUUCAAAUCUAUAAAUGAAAAACUGUUAACCUAAUCCUAGGUGGGUGAGGGGCUGAAGAUGUAGUUCUAUGCACUUGCCUAGCAUGUGCAGGUCUGGUGGAAUGGACCUAUAAUCCCAGCUCUUUUAAGGCUGGGGGCUGGAGGAUCACAAGUUCGGCCUUGCCUGAGCAACUUAGUAAGAUGUGGACUCCAGAGGGAGAAAAGGGGUGGGGUAUAACUCAGUGCUAGAGCACUUGUGCAGCAUACCUGAGGCCAUAGCUUCAGUCCUUAUUUACCGCUGUCACCCCAAAAAAGAAACUAAUUUGAAAUUCCCCAGGAAGACUUAAUCGGGAGUCAAGGUCAGGAGGUGUCAAAAUCCUCAGGUGUUUCAGAUGACCUCAUUUGAUCUUCUAGCAUUGUAGUUCCCUCCUUGGCCUCCCUCCUCAUAUACUUAACCCUAAUGUUCCCUUCCCAACAGUGUGUCAGUGAGUGUUCAGUCUAGCGGGUUUCUGGAAUGAGGGCAGCUCUUGUCAACAGCUGUAGCAAAGACAAUUGGCAUUUGGGUGAAAACAUGCAGACAUUUCCCCUUCUCCCAUGAAUUUACAGCACUCACUGCUUUAUUUCAAACGUCGUGGCACAGGCAGAGGCGGAAAGAUCUGUGAGUUCAAGGUCUGCUUGGUCUAGCUUCAGGCCAAAGCUUAAAUUGUGAGACCCCCUUUAAAAUAGCAAACAAACCCCAAGAAUGAAUGUGACAAAUGUGAUUGAUACUUGCUGGUGAAAGGCACUGACUACCUUUUUCUGUUUGAGUGCACUGAACUCCUUAGAGCCUUAGGACCUGUCGUGGACCUUCCCUUUGAGUAGAUGGGUUGCAUGCCCAAUCACAGGCUGGCACAAGCUUAGCCUUGGUGCUAAGCUCUUGAUCCCUCUCUGCCAGUCUAGGUUAAAUAUAUUCUGUAGGUGAGGUGAGACAACAAGCUUACUACUAUCUUCGCUUAAGUUAGCCACGCUCACUCCAUCCUCUCCCUUGGGGUUCAGUGGGGACAGCUGUAUGGAUAUUGAAUAAUUUAUUGAAAUGCUGCCUCCCUCCUCCCUCCACCUCAUUUAGUAGCCUCUGUGGCCCCUUCAUUUCUUUAGGCAGGGGAUACUUCUCUCAUUUGACUCGUGGGCAGCUCCUGGGGGCCCUAGCCCCAAAUUGCCAGUCUGCACACAGUAUAUGACAUUGGACAUUGGUCUUUUGCUAUGGAAAUGAAUGCCCUAUAAACUGUCCUGGCCAGUACCUGAAAGGGGGAAUGGUAUUUAUUUUUAUAUUGUAUAUAUUUUGUCAUGGUCUGCUGGUUCCCUGCUGUUUCAUUGAGAGCGACAAUUACCUCAAUAGUUAGUUUGAUACUGUGUGUUGGAUAAAUUUUGAAAGAACUUUUAAAAAAGCUUUUUUGAUCUUUGGAGAUCUGUAGAUUUAUUUCCAUAUGAACUGGUUAUUUUGUAUAAAGUACAUUGUUAAAUUA